AUGUCGGCUCUCUCGACAAUGGUCUUUGCCUAUGCUGGCACACCCCUGUUUUUCCCUAUUGCUGCAGAGAUGCGCGACCCUCGCCAUUAUACCAAAGCGAUGCUGCUCUGCCAGUCCGUUGCGACAGCGACAUAUAUCAUUGUGGGAGUUAUCAUCUACUACUACUGUGGCUCCUAUGUUGCCUCGCCCGCUCUGGGUUCGGCUGGCAAGACUAUUAAGCAAGUUGCUUACGGCCUCGCUUUGCCGGGUCUGAUUGUUGGUGCAACCAUCAAUGCUCAUGUCACCGGAAAAUACGUCUUCGUUCGAGUCCUUCGAGGCUCAAGGCAUCUCACAGCCAACACCCUCACUCACUGGGCUACAUGGCUAGGCCUGACCUUUUCUGCAGCUUUGUUAGCCUACAUCAUAGCGAGUGCAAUUCCUGUCUUUGGAAGUCUCGUGUCUCUUGUAGGAGCUCUCCUAGGUACUCUGCAAACGUUUCAGCCAUAUGGUUGCUUCUGGUUGUACGAUAACUGGAGCGCAGGAAAGCAGGAGAGACCCCUAAAGUGGGUUCUUAUGGUUGUAUGGAGUAGUUUUGUGAUUCUCUCUGGAACAUUUCUGAUGAUUGCUGGAACAUAUGGAUCUGUUGUCGGCGUUGUUGACUCUUACAAGGCGUCAGGAGGAUCGGCAGCCUUUUCGUGUGCUGACAAUUCCAACUCUGUCUGA